AUGGAUCCCAAGGAUCGGCGAAAUAUUGAGUACUGGGAUGAUAAGAAGUUCGUGGAAUGGUUUGAACAUGGUCAUGAAGAGGCACAACCGAAGAAAAAAGGUAAAAUCAAAAAGGGCCUUAAGGGAGAAAAGCCACUGGUGCGUCUUCUGCCUCUUAUCGACGCUCUGAGGAACAAUCGCUACUUGCAAAUAAAAGAGCUUUAUGUUUGGGGCGUCUACCUAGAAUAUAGUGAUAUGUUAUGCUUGGGAAGUAUGGUUGCCAAAGGAAGCUAUGAGUUGUCCUAUAUUGAGCUAAUUGACUGUUUUAUCAAUCAAAAGGCCAUUGAUGCAUUUGCUCCAAAUGUCAACUAUACAAAAACACUACGAGAUUUGAUCCUUGAUUUCAAUGAAUUUGGAGAUUCUGGGUGUUACACACUUUGCGAAGGACUGAAAUCAUGUCGUUGGCUCGUUCGGUUAAGUGUUUGCUUCUGUGGUCUUAACAAGCAAAGCGGCAUUUGGCUGGGUAAUCUUGUAGCUGAGACCUCAAUCAGGGAGCUUUUUUUGGACGGAAAUAACUUGGAGGCCGAAGGCGCAACUGCUCUGCUCACACAGUUGGCCGAGGCGGCAUAUUUGGAGGGGAAGGAGCGCGAGAGACUAAAGGCCGAAAGGAUGGCCGUCGCAGUAGCCCAAGCUCAGACUGGAAGAAAACGAAUUGACCUAGAUGCUCCUCUAGCGGAAUCAGAGACGCACACUGCUGAGGAUCCAAGCACGGUCAGUGACGUGAAUCCAGAAAGUGUGUCUGUGAAUGCCUACAUUCAGAAAAACGAAGCGAACACAAACGUUAGCGCUAGUAGGAAAAGGCAAACUCUUGGCAAAGGAAAAAAUAAGAGAAAAAGUGCUAAAAUGCCACCAUGUGGACCGCAAAUCACCCAUCUCCAUAUGGCGGAGAACAGCAUUAACAGCAUCGGUCGAGGAGGCAGUUUCGCUCCAGCUCGCUGCAUGCAGCUAUUAAAAACGCAAGAUCUGCAGGAGAUCGAUAUUUUUGGCAAUGAUAUCGGGCAAGUGGCGGGCCGCAUCGUUCUGGAGGGCAUUCUGGCGCGAAAAGACAACAACCUUCCACGCAUCGGUCUGCGCGUCACCCACCUCAUUAAUCAGGACACCUACGACAUGAUUCGCAAGUUGGCUCCCAAACCCAAGGGAAAGAAGAAGCGAGGCGGGAAAUAG